GGGGAUUCCACACAGUUUCUCGUGCAGAGGAGAAAAUGCGACAAGGUCUUUAUUAAGGAUGCGACAUCUGCUCUUUCUCUUUCAUUAUUGACGCUUGUAGCUGCAAUGUCCAACGUUGCUCAUCAUGGUGUCAUUGAAAUGGAAGACGGUAAACACAGAAUUAGUAGGGAGAGAAGUAUAUUUCUUCUGGUUCCACCUGCACAACACCAAGUUAUUCGUAGAGAGAUAAGACAAUUGAUACCAGAGCUCAUAGGUGAAUUUCUUGGAAUGUGGUAUAUUAUGGCAACUGCUACAGCUAUCACUUGUAUGAUGUUAUUUUACAGUCCAAGUCCGUUUCUUCCAGGAUUUUUGGGCCUGGCUCUUCCCUGGGGUUUUGCUUUUACCUUUAUGGUAUUUUCUGUUGGUGCGAUUAGUGGUGGACACUUCAACUUUUCUGUAACGCUGGCCUUUGCUUGCUUUAGAGGUUUUCCCAAAUGGAAAGCAUUGCCGUACUUUGUUGCACAAGUUCUGGGAGGAACAUGUGGAACAUUGAAUAUGUGGUUCACUUAUUAUCCAGUAGGUUAUCAGAUUGCAGCAGGGAAGCCCCUAAGUGAAGCAACAACUGUAACAGCGGCAUUCUUCAACAAUGCCGAUUUGAGUGAAUAUACAACUAUCCACUCCUUUGGAAUACAAGCUUUUUAUACUGCGUUCCUACUGUUUGUUAUUUUUGCAAUAACAGAUCCCUACAAUCCACUUGCUCCUGGUGCAAAUAUGUUUCCGGUUAUUGUUGGUUUCUUGGUUAUGCAACUUGGCUGUUCGCUAGGAAUGAUUAACCAAUUUACUAUCAAUCCCUCUCGUGACUUGAGUGCCCGUAUUGCUGGAGCCAUGUUAGGAAUGGGUAAAACUGCUUUACCUGGUCCUGGUGGUAUGUUGUGGGCUAAUCAGAUAGGCUCCAUGUUGGGUGGUAUUUCAGGAGGUUUUGUUUAUGAGGCUUUAGUACGUCCCUUUAUGCCAAGAGUAGAAGAGUUGGGUCCAACUCCUUUUAUGAUACAAUGGGAAAAGUUUUACAAUUGGAUUCGUGGAAGAAAAGGAGAAAGCAUAUAUCGUACAAAUCAGAAUGGAAUAGCCAGUGCAUCUCAAGACGAUCAAAUUCAAGUUUCUGAAACAUUUGAACAAAAGAGAUAUAUUCACGAAGAAGAUAAAUUUGCUUCCAACGUGCAACAUGUUCCUGAUUAAACAUAUAUACCUAUACGAAUCUUAGUUUCUACUUUGAGAAUAUGCCUUUUACUACGUUGGCAAAUAAAAACUUUUGUGUUUGUCUCAUAUAUAUUGGAUAAUAGCAAUUGAAGAAG